AUCACCAUCAAAGGGAAAAAAAUUCAAUAUUCUCUUCUCUUGUCCAAAGCAUUUAAGCUAUAUAAGUAACAGACCCUUUAUCAUAACUGAAACUUUUAAUGACUAUCUCAUUCAAAAUUUGAUUUAGGCAUAAAAGUUUCAAUGGAUCAUGAAACCAACAAUACUAAGAAAAGCUCAAGCUAUUGGAAAUCAUUUUACAGUUUUGCUGAUAAAGUGAAAAGAUUUCCAGGUUUAGUGAAAAGGACAAUUUGGAAAGUUGGCAAAGAUGAUCCAAGAAAAGUGGUUCAUUCAUUGAAAGUUGGUUUAGCUUUGACACUUGUUUCAUUGUUGUAUCUAAUGGAACCAUUGUACAAAGGGAUAGGAAAAAAUGCUGUUGUUGCUGUCAUGACUGUGGUUGUGGUCAUGGAGUUUACAGUAGGAGGAACCUUAUGCAAAGGACUUAAUAGAGGAUUAGGGACGCUGUCAGCGGGAUUGUUGGCAUUUUUAAUUGAGUAUCUUGCAGAUGCACCUGGUCGUAUUUUUCGAGCAGUAUUCAUUGGUGCUGCAGUUUUUGUUUUAGGAGCUUCUGCUACUUAUGUAAGGUUCAUUCCUUAUAUAAAGAAGAAUUAUGACUAUGGUGUUAUGAUAUUUCUCUUGACCUUUAAUUUGAUGAUUGUAUCAAGUUACCGCGUAGAUAAUAUCUUGAGCUUGGCAAAAGAUCGCGUCUCUACCAUAUGCAUCGGCGUUGCUAUUUGUCUUGUGAUGACCCUAUUUGUAUUUCCAAACUGGUCAGGUGAAGACCUUCAUAAAUCCACCAUAUCAAAGCUUGAAGGCUUAGCCAACUCUAUAGAAGUUACUGUUGUGGACUAUUUUUAUGAUUCUGAAAAACAAGCAAAUGAAGAUGAUUCAUCCGAGGAUCCUAUUUACAAGUGCUACGAAGCUGUUUUAGACUCUAAAGCUAAGGAUGAAACACUUGCAAUGCAAGCUAAUUGGGAGCCAAGAUACUCAAGAAGCUGCCAUAGGAUCCCAUGGCAACAAUAUGCAAAAGUCGGAACUUCUCUUCGUCAUUUUAGUUACACUGUUGUCGCACUACAUGGAUGUCUUCAGUCUGAAAUUCAGACACCAAGGUCAAUCCGUGAUCUAUACAAAGAUUCUUGCAUCAAACUUGCACAAGAAGUAUCAAAAGUACUUAGGGUUUUGGCCAACAGCAUAAGAAACAAGCGUCAAUUUUCCCUUGAAACACUCUCGAACAAUCUCAGUGAAGCUUUACAAGACCUUGACAAUGUAUUAAAAUCGCAACCGCAGCUUUUACUAGGCUCGAGAAAUAAUCAAAGUCGAAUCCCCAUAACCCCCAAAACUCCCAGAACGCCCAACUUUUUCAAGAUUGAUGAAGACACGAGAAUCUCAUUGUCAAGUAUUAAAAGUGAUUAUUAUUCCCCGGUCGGAACCAAAUCCAAAGAGCACUCCCGGGAACUAACAAAAGAAGGGCAAGGACAGAAAAAGGUUUUGAGGCCACAACUGAGCAAGACUAUGACUAUGAAUAUGAUCACUAGCCUUGAGUUCUCAGAAGCACUACCUUUUGCUGCUUUCACUUCUUUGCUUGUGGAAAUGGUGGCAAAACUAGAUCAUGUUAUGGAUAAAGUUGAAGAAUUGGGAAAAAUGUCUCACUUUAGAGAGUUUAGAGAUGAUGAUAAUGAUGAGAUUGUUCUUACUUGUGAAAAACCAAAAAUCAAUACAGCUGUGAAUGACUUGCCUUCUUAUGGAGGAGCAGAGUAGAUGUUACUGCAAAACUUUUUUUCCUCGGCUUUGAUGUCUAUCAUCAUCACGCGAGCAGAUUAUACUUGUAAGCAUGCAUACUCACAUUCAUAUGUAUAUGUUAAGGCAUUUAACAAACCAAAUAUACUUCAUUAUCCCUGAAUUGCAAAGUGAGGUUCCUUGGUUUGUUAUGUAUAUAUAUAGUUUGCUUGCAUUGAUUUAGUUGAAUGGUGUGCACACAUUACUUAUUUUGAGCCUUUUGUAUAAGGAAGAGUAAGGCCUACACUACUUCACUAUCUGGUAUGUAAUAUUUUGCUUAUUGCCUUGAAGUUUCAUUUCCUCGGUGGCUCGGUCCGUGAGGUGUCAGCUCAGGGCUAAGAAUCUGACCUCAUAACCUCAAUGGACAAAGUUGAUACCCCCCUCGGAGACGAUUGUAGAAUGGCCGUUAGUGUCGCUUUAAUUAAUAAUAAAUCUCCUCUUCCUCAA